AUGAUUCAAUACAUUAAAGGUGAUUUAUUUACACACACAAUUCCAGCUGGUAAAAAAGUGAUUCUCGCACAUGCAUGUAAUACCCAUGGAUCGUGGGGAGGGGGUAUAGCUGCUGUGUUCCGAAAGAGAUUUCCUAAAGCAAACAAUAAGUAUAGUCAAUAUUGUCAUAAGAAUACUAAUCUAUUGGGUACAUCUUUUAUCAUUGAGUCAGACCAACCAAGUAUACUUAUUGCAUGUCUUUUCACGAGUGAUUUCAACCAAACACCAGAACAAAUUGUCAAUUUCACCAAACAAUCUAUUGCUGACUUGGCAAGAAAGGUAUCUGACAACCAAGAAGUGGAGAGAUCUGAUGGCAAAGUUGUUAUUAACAUGCCCAAGAUCAAUGCGGGUAUAUUUGGUGUUCCAUGGGAAGAUACCGAACAGGCUUUACAAGGGUUUGAUAAUUUGCAUUUCAAUGUUUAUGUAAUUUGA